UCCUGGAAGAGAACUCAGUUGGAAUUCACUUUGAGGAGAGAAUGGAGAUGAAGAUGGGGAGUUUCAGAGGCCAUGCCAUCCCUGGAAGCUUUUUCUAUUUCAUGGGUCUGUGGUGGAGCACAAAACACAUUCUGAAGUACGCCUGCAAAAAGUACAAGCGGAGUUGCCACUUUAAAUCCAAAGCAUCAUUUUGUCGAACAGACCUUCUGGAGGGAAUCAUAAUGAUUAGCAUGGCUUUAUUUGGUAUGACUGUCGAACAAUUUGUUCCUGAAGGACCCUACCUGACCUUAUAUGACUAUAAAGAAGGCCAUUGGAAGCAGCUCACAAGCUGGCAUCAUGGCACCAUGUAUUUUUUCUUCGGACUGGCUGGUGUGACAAGGAUCUUAUGUCACAUUUAUCGUUCACUUCCUGGAUCAUUACCCAAGCUAAUGCUGUCAAAUGCCUUUUUUGUGGAGGCGUUUAUCUUCUACAACCACACUCAUGGCCGAGACGUGCUAGACAUCUAUGUGCACCAGCUGCUGUCGCUGGUCAUCCUUGUGACAGCCGUACUGACUUUCAUUGAUUUCAUGAGGAGCAACAUGAUUUUGGCACUUUUGGAGGCAAGCUUCCUCUUGCUUCAGGGGAGUUGGUUCUGGCAGAUUGGUUUUGUGCUGUAUCCCCUCAAUGGUGGCCCUGCCUGGGAAUCCACGGAUCACAACAACAUGAUGUUCCUCACCAUAUGCUUUUGCUGGCAUUAUGCAGUCAGCCUGACUGUUAUCGGACUGAACUUCGCCUUUGUCACCUGGUUGGUUAAAUCUAAACUUAAGAGGUUCUGCCCCACAGAGGUUGGACUCCUGAAAACUGCUGAACGAGAACAGGAAUCAGAAGAGGAGAUGUGACUCUGAUGAAUCUUCCUACAUGAUCCAUUUCUUUUAUGUAUUGUGUCCAUGGUUUCGUUUUGAGAAUUUUUGUAUAAAGAUAACCGUCAGUGUACUGUCCAUAUUUUAAAUAUUGUUAACAUAUUUGAAUUUAAAUAUUUUAUUUUUAGAUAUGAAAAUUGGGGAUUAGUUUCUUUUCUGGUAUUCAGGCGUGGGAAGGAUUCCUCCAAUCAUCUAAGGUUUAAUGACCCCGCUAUGAAAAAUAUUUGUUUAAUUUGCCUUAUAGUUAUCCUUCAAGUUUCUUGGCUUGCUGUAACUUGUUAAAUGGAAUGGCAUUUGUUCCAUGAGAAAUCAGUAAAUGCAUUCAUUUCA